AUGACCGUACCGAGUGCUGCAGUGGUCGAUGCCCCCCCCCUGCUUGGGCCGGACCAUCGCCACGGGAAACCAUGGCCGCUCGGUAGCGUCGUGCCUCGUCUCUGCUCCUCAUCUCCCCCGCCGCCACGGCCCAAGGCCCCCUUGGCUCAGGCUUCCCCGGGGGUCCGGACGGAUGCGGGCGCUCUGACCACAGGACGAACCGUUUGCGCCCUCGGCCGUCGUCGACGGACGGACCGACGAAGCGGAGGGCGACGAGUUUCGUUUGCGAGCGCGGAUGCGUUGGCGAGCCCGGCGUGCAUUCAGCCGCUGCCGGUCUGCGCAGUGCCUUGGUCGAGCUCCAUGUCCCCUGCGGCGCCGAGACUCGCAGGCACCUGGCACUCGGUUGCGUCCACCAAGGAGAGCGAGCGGGUGUACGGAGCGCACACGCAGAGCACCCACAUGUCCAAGUGGCAUCCCGUAUUACCUGCUGUAUUCAAGUGCAGUGCUGUAUGCAUGGACGGAUACACCUGCUGUGCUGGGCACCAAGUACGUGCAGCGCAUGCCGGGCAGGGAUCCCUCGCCAUUCGCACUCCCGCUCGCUCGCUGGACGGCGGGCUGCCGGUGCUCAUCAGCUGCCGGUACGGAGGCGUGCACUGGCACUUGACUGUACCUCUGGCGAGCAGCCCCCACGUUGCCCAUGCUGCCCUCGCCCGCCUUCGUCUCCCGUUCGCCUCAGGCCAAGACCCAGCUGAAGAGCGAGGUACCGAGAAGCUGGAUCGGCCUCGUCUCCCUGCCGCCGGCCAUGCGAGCGCACCUGCAUCGUCUGGCCUCUGCACCGCACGCCUCGUCUGGCCUCUGCACCGCACGCCUCGUCUGGCCUCUGCACCGCACGCCUCGUCUGGCCUCUGCACCGCACGCCUCGUCUGGCCUCUGCACCGCACGCCUCGUCUGGCCCGCACCGCACGCCUCGUUUCGUCGUCGUCUCCCGCACCUCGUCCGAGACCCUGCCUGUCUCACGAUGGAACUCGGUCAAGCAACGCCCCGUCUCGCCCAUGCACCUCGUCGCUUGCCCUCCGCUCUCAUCGUCCCACGCGUCCCCCACGCACCCUCGAUGCCAUCGACACCCACGUCCCCUCGACCGGGAGCCUUGCCACCCGACGACGACGGCCAUCCGCCGACGGCUCCUCCUGCGACCAUUCAUCUCCCCGUCCGCCGUCUCGGUACGCCGGAUCCGCUCCCCUGCCUGCGACGUUGCCUCGCCUCGCCUGCUCCCCCGGCGGAGCGGUGAAGCUGCAUCGCUUGUCUGAGAAAACAAGUCCUCCCGCGCUCCCGGCUGGGCCGCCACGCCUCCUGUCGGUUGCCGAGUGGCCGCCCGCCUCGCCGACCGUCGAGCCAAGCAUCGACUGCCGCCGUCCCUUUCCCACCGUGCCCUCGGCCGGGGCCAAAUUUCACGCACGGCACGGGACGGGAGACGCCAAUUUCGCCCCAUGUCCCCUGCCAUGGGCGGCGGCGGCGACGGCAUGGUGA